AUGAAUGAUGACCUGCUCUUCACGGGUGCUAUGCAUCUGGACAUGCUGCAGUGGCUGCAGGUGCAGCCCACGGUGCUGCCGGAGGACGGGAGCCCACGGCGAGGCCAGGACCACGUGGCAGGCAUGGAUCAAGGGGCCGGGGGGGGCCGAGGGGGCCCUGGAGUGGAGGAGAGCUGGGAGCCGUGCAGGGACGAGCGGUGCCUGGACGAGGAAGAGGAGUUCGACCCCGCGGAGGCUGAGAGGAGACGAGCCCAGGAGAAGUUCGCCUACAUCAUCCCCGAAGAGGAGGGCCCACUGGACGCCCAGCUGGCCCGCCGACUGCAGGACAGCGAUGCCAUGACCGACAGGGAGGUCGGGCACCUGAGGAGCCUCUGGCAGCUCCGGCUCGGCGACCGGUGGCGGCUUUACAGGUCUCACCGCCCCGUCCCCCCCCCACGGUGGAUCCCUGGCGAGGAGAGGCCGGCGACACGGCAACCCCGGCACCACAGGCGGUGGCUGAGUGCCUACGGUGCGGCGUUGGAGGAGGCACUGGCGAGGCGGCUGGAGGAGUAUGAGCAGAGCGCAGCCCAGUUGGCCCAGUACCAGCUCCAGAAGGACCUGCAGAUCCUCAGGCAGAGCCGCGUCAUCGGGAUGACGACCACGGGAGCUGCCAAGUACCGCAAGCUGCUGCAGAGCGUCCGGCCCCAGACGGUGAUCGUGGAAGAAGCUGCAGAGAUCCUGGAGGCGCACGUCCUGACCUGCCUCACCGCCUCCUGCAAGCACCUCAUCCUCAUCGGGGACCACCAGCAGCUGAGACCCAAACCAGCCGAUUACACCCUGGAGAAGAAAUACCACCUCGGCAUCUCCCUCUUUGAGCGGAUGAUCAACAACGAGAUCCCCCACGUGCAGCUGCUGUGCCAGCACCGCAUGCGCCCGGAGAUCUCCCAGCUGCUCGUCCCCUUUUUCUACGAGGCGCUGAGGGACCACCCGGCUGUCGGGGGCUACGAGAAGAUCCAGGGCGUCGAGAGCAGCGUCUUCUUCAUCCAGCACGCGGGGGCCGAGGACCUCAGCGGCCACACCGGCAGCUACAGCAACCGCUCGGAGGCCGCUUUCCUGGGGCACCUCCGCAACGGCCAGGUGGCCCCCAUCCGGCAGCUGCUGGCCAGGAGGGACAUGGCCAAGGUUGCCGUCUGCACCGUGGAUGACUUCCAAGGGGAGGAGAGUGACAUCGUCCUGCUCUCGCUGGUGCGCAGCAACCCGGAGGGGCGGAUCGGCUUCCUCGGGGACCGGCACCGCGUCUGCGUGGCUUUCUCCCGCGCCAGAAAGGGCUUCUACUGCAUCGGCGACCUGGAAGGCAUCGCGCGGGGCACCGGCGGCUGGCUCUGGGCCGAGAUCCUGGCCGCCCUGACGAGCAAGGGCCUGGUGGGCGACGGGCUGGCGCUGACCUGCCAAAACCACCCCGAGGUGACGGCGACGGUGGAGAAGGUCCUGCCCCGCUGCGGCCACCGGCAGCGCCUGCCGUGCCACGUGCCGGCCGAGCACUGGCGCUGCCAGGAGCCCUGCCUGCGGCCGCUCGCCUGCGGCCACCCCUGCCCGCGGCGCUGCGGGGACGACUGCGGUGGGGACAACUGCGGUAGGGAUGACUGCCGCAGGGAGGACUGCGGUGGGGAUGACUGCGGUGGGGACGACUGCUGUGGGGACGACUGUGGCGGGGAUGACUGCAGCAGGGACGACUGUGGCAGGGAUGACCGCAGCAGGGACAACUGCGGUGGGCACGACUGCGGCAAGGCGGUGGAGGGGGUCCUGCCGCACAACCAGCCUGCCUGCACCCAGCAAGAGCUGCCUGCUGCCUGCCAGGAGAGCAGUCGGCAGAGCCCGGAGUGA